GUAUCACAUUUGAGUCACCUCUUAUGAGGGGACGCUUCAAUCAGACCCGACCAUGCGCUUCAGCUGGGAGACAUGAAACACUGGAUGCACUGAGGAAGACACCGGCAGGUCUAACUUAUAAGCGACAGUGCCAAUAUGUUCCAGAAUGCGAAAAGGCCCAAAGAAUUUAAAAGCAAGCUUGUUGCAAGAACGAGAGGCAACAGAAGUUUGGACAUAAGGCUGGAGCUUCACAAACACCAAGUCGCCGAGCUGAAAUUGGCGAUCAGAAUGCUUGGAAUCAGCGUGCUUCUUCAUGCGCUGCUUAGAACACAGCAAAUGUUGUCGGACCAAUUCAGUCAUCAUCUGUCGUUUCUGUAGCCAAUCCGACAAUUCCGGCACAGCCACAUCGCUGUCAGAGAUACCAAAAUGACGGGGCUUGUGGCCAUAUAGAACCUAAAAGGGGGAACGGCCUAUCGUAGAAUGAUCACUGGUAUUGUACCAAUACUCAGCAACAGCCAACCACUUACUCUAUUUGCUUGGACAAGAGUGCACAAAACACCGCAAGAAUGUUUCAAGACACUGGUUGAGCCUCUCGGUCUGACCAUCGGAUUGAGGAUGGUAAGCAGUGCUGUGACGAAGCUGUACAUCAGCCAGAUGGAAAAGCUCCUUCCAGAAUUUGCUGGUAAAAAUCUUGUCACGGUCAGACACUAAAGCAACUGGUAACCCAUGAAGACGAUAAACCUCAGUCAAGAACUUUUGAGCCACAGUAGCAGCAGUAAAGGGAUGCUUCAGACCCAAAAAGUGAGCAUAUUUGGAGAAGAGGUCCACUACCACCAGAAUACAGUUAUAACCUCCAGAUAAAGGCAAGGCUUCAAUGAAGUCCAAGGAAACAACCUGCCAAGCAGCAGCUGGCACUGGCGAAGGCUGAAGCAACCCUGGUAGCUUAGCCCGAUCAGGCUUGGCCUGUUGACAAACCACACAAGCUUUGACAUACUGUUCAACAUCAUUUCUAAGACCAGUCCAAGCAAACAGGUGCUUAAUUCUGCUAUAGGUCACGGGAACCCCAGAAUGGCCCCCCACAACACUAUCAUGUAAAGCAGCUAUGAUUUUCUUAUGCAAGACUGGAUUAUGACCAACCCAAAUACGAUUCUUGUACCUGAGAAGACCAGCCUUCCAAGAGAAAUGAGGAACAACAUCAGAUUGCACCACCAACUUGGCUAUAAUGGCUUGCACAUGAGUAUAUCCUUCAUAAGAGGCCACCACAUCCUCCAACCAUUGAGGAGAAGCAUAAGAGAUAGCAGCACAAUCAGGUGAAUGGCUCACAUUUCUGGAGAGAGCAUCAGCAGCACGAUUGUCCACACCUUGCUUAUACGCAAUUUUGUAUUGAAGACCCAACAACUUGGUGAAAACCUUUUUCUGCCAAUGAGUAUGCAGCCUCUGAUCAGACAGCAGAGAUAAACUUUUGUGGUCUGUAUAAAUGUGAAAUUCUUCAUGCUGCAAAUAAGCUCUCCACUGAUCAACAGCCAACAAAAUUGCCAAAUAUUCUUUCUCAUAAGUAGAGGCGCCCUGAGACCUAGGACCCAAAUCUUUGCUCAAAUAAGCUAGUGGAUGGCCAGAUUGCAUCAAUACAACACCCACCCCAAUACCACAAGCAUCAAUCUCAAUGCAGAAUGGCUUAGUAAAGUCAGGUAGGGCUAAUACAGGUGCAGAACAAAGAGCAGACUUCAGAGUCUGAAAAGCAGUAUCAUGACCUUGUGUCCAUAUAAACAGAGCUCCUUUCUCCAACAAGUCAGUCAGUGGCUUGCUAAUAACCCCCAAAAUGCUUGACAAACUUCCUAUAAUAGCCAGCUAAGCCCAAAAAACUCCUUAGUUGCUUAACAUCCAUAGGAGUCGGCCAAUUCAUCACAGCCUCAAUUUUGGCUGGGUCAGUAGCCACACCUUGCCCACUAAUAAUGUGACCCAAAUAAGCUAUCCUCCUCUGAGCAAAAACACACUUGGAUAGCUUGACUUUCCACUGAUCUUGAGCAAGUAACUGCAGAACUAAUCUGAGAUGAUCCAAAUGCUCCUCAUAAGACUGACUAUACACAAGAAUGACAUCAAAGAAAACUAGAACACAUUUGUGAAGAAGAGGGUGCAAAGUAGUAUUCAUAGCUUUCUGAGAUGUGGCAGGACCUCCAGAUGACCCAAAAGCCAUAACUCUGAAUUCAUAAUGCCCAGAGUGUGUUUGAAAUGCAGUUUUAAAUUCCUCACCCUCCUUCAAUCUGACUUGGUGAUAGCCAGCAGUAAGAUCCAGAGAAGAAAACCAACUAGCAUGAGACAGCUCAUCCAAAAACUCAUCUAUGAUUGGAACAAGAUAUUUACCCUUAACUGUGAUGGCAUUAAGAUGCCUAAAGUCAACACAAAAUCUUCAUGUGUGAUCUUUCUUCUUAACCAUCAAAACAGAAGAAGAAAAUGGGCUGAGGCUAUGCUGAAUAAUACCGGCCUUCAACAUUUCCGCCACCUGGCGCUCAAUUUCAUCCUUAAUCACUGGAGGAUAUCUAUAAGGUCGAACUGAUACAGGGGUGGCACCAGGAACUAGAGGAAUAACACGAUGACAAUGCCGGGCUGGAGGCAAACCCACAGGAGGUUGAAAGACAGCAGCAAAUUCAUCCAAGAGUGCUUACAGAUCAUCAGGCACGACCAAAUGGACAGCUUUACCAUCAACCAACAAAAAAGCACACACUUCCACCACAGACAGUUCAGGGAUAGUUGAUGGAAUACCUUGCAACAGCACUGUAGAACCCUGAUAUGGUAUGGCUAGCCACUUUUGUUUCCAAUCAACCUUCAUGGGACUGAACAACUCCAACCAAUCCAUACCCACAAUGAGAUCAAAAUGUGUUAGAGGCAACACCUUUGCUUCAGACUGAAAAAGACAGCCAUUAGUUUCCCAUUGCAACACAGGAAAAUAUGAAGUACAGUGGAGAAGACCCCCAUCAGCCACUUUAACCGCUACCGGGGAGGUCAAAUGAGAUAAACCUUGCAGCUGUGAAGCAAGAGCACUACUGACAAAGGUAUUCGAGCUACUCGAAUCCAACAGGAUCAACACCUCACGCUGCUAGAUAGAACCUCUGAACUGAAUCGUAUGAGGACAUGAUGUACCCUGAACAGCUGCCAGAGACAAGGACAUGAGCUGACCAUCGGACAUUGAUGACUCAGGAGAAGAAACCCCAUCAACAGAAUCAUCCGACUGAUAUAAAUCCCAAAUUUCCUGCAGAGCAUGUAACUAAAUCUGCUCAGAACAGCGAUGGUCUCUACUCCACUUCUCAGCGCACUUCUCACAUAAUCCACGAGUGCGGCGAUACGCCCGCAGAGAAGCCAUCUUAUCAUCAAGGGGCCACUGCCGAAUAGAGUCCGCAGAUCGGCGAUCCCCAGGUUGCAACGACGUGCCUCCUUUAUCCACACGAGGAGGAAUCGGCAAGGGAAACAUUCCCUUCACCGUAGCCCAACCCGGAGAGAAGAAUUCAGGCUUGCGGAACUCCUUCUUCUUCACCGGCUCCAAAACUUCCUCCUGCAAUUGUGCAAGAACGCAAGCAGUAUCCAGAACAGAGGGACGCUGAACCAUAACAAUAGCCUUAAUAUCUUCUCUAAGACCAUCAAUGAAACACAACGUAAAGUGCAGAGAAUCAUCAGAGUACUGGUACGCACGCAACUGAUCCACUAGUUCAGUGAACUUGGCAACAUAAUCAGCCACUGAACCCACCUGGCGGAUAUGAAAGAGUUGUCGAAUGAGCAAGGCAUGCUCAUCACGGCCAAAACGCUCUAGAACCAAAGUACAGAACUCCUCCCAAGAAAAGGAACAAACACGAGAUUCGACCGACUGUAGCCAACGGGCCGCAGAUUCGGUAAAGUGCAUAGAUGAGAUCUUGAUCUAGUCAGAAGGCUCAACGUUAUAGAGAUCGAAGUAAUCCUUGCAAUGACUAAUCCACAAUUUCGGAUUAUCGCCCAUGAACACUGGAAAAUUAACCUUAGGAACUCGACCAUGAGAGCGAAAAUUUUCGGACUCAGACUCCCCACUACGAGACUUGCUACCCGAAGUAAGAGGCCCAAACUGCGGAAGAGAAGUAGAACGCUGUAAAGCAGGGUCACGAGAGUUCUGCAUACCUGUGACCGGGAGAUGCGUGUGGGUAAACACCGACCCAAACACAGGCUCUCGGUGAUUUGGUGACGAACGGUGCCCAUCAGGGCCGUCGGCAUGAACAUAGGCCGAUGUAGGAGCCGCGGCCGACACCGGAGUGGGAAGGAUGCCUGAAGUCGCAGGCGAUGGAGAAUCGAGAGCCACCCGAUUCACCGUCUUGCGGAGAGCUCCCACCUCCACACGCAGAUCCUCCACGGUAGACUCGAUCCGCGGCUUCCAGCUGCCGAAGUCGCUUGCUGCGCCCUCCAGGAUGCUGAAGUGGUCGCCGAUGGUCGCUCCAUGCCGUCGAUGCGCUCCGACACCGAGCUCUUCAUAUCAGCAACUGAAGCGGUGAUCGUCUGCAGCUCGUCCAUGAUGAGCUUCAGUUGGGGAUCCAUGGCACCCCUGGACUUGUGGAAUCGAGUGAAGUAGUCGUGGGAGAUCUGAUGUGGCUCCAGAUCGCGUCUCUGAAACCAAUAUGUUAGCAGUAGUGGAAUCUAACACCAGAAUGGAAACAGAGUAGAGGAGAAGAGCAGCACGAGAGGAAGACAGGGGAUGGCGAGCAGAGGACAGAUUUGGGAUUCAGAGUAGUUGUGUCUUGGAAUACAAGUUGAUGCCCUCUCUCCCUCUCACAUUGCCUAUUAAUAGAGCUAUUACAAGGCCGCAGCCUGUUAGACGCAUGCAAGCGCCUGGACCCAGUCCGGCCCAUGGAUCUUGGGGUUGGGCUUCCUGAGACGAGUUCCUGCUCGCGGCCCAUCUUAGUCAACCGACGACGAUGCAGCAGUGUUCUCGUUGCUAACAUCCUUCUCGUCUCGUGCACGAAGCAUACGAACGAUGACAUGCAUGAUGCAUAGCAAUCAACGGCGUGAACCGCGAACCAACACGAUCACGUCCUCCUUGCCGAUUGCAUCAUAACACCAGGUGCCAUCGUUGAGCUCGUUCGUGCUUUUCACUCGCAUCGCGGCACGUUCUGAUAGACACCUGAUGUUCCGGAAUCGUGUCGCGAUCACUACUUGUCCACGGCACCCUCCACGUGGACAACCCACACCGAUCCGACACGCACAAGACAAAGACGCCUCGAUGACAUUGGGGUCCGUGUGCCUGGAGCCCACAUGUCAGGCACGAGUCGUGCAGCCAAAUGUUCGAACGCCUCGGGCGGAGCGCCACGGAAGAAACUAGCCGUUGCGCCCCCAACGCACCCUUUUCCCAUCUGCUGCUUCUCCUCCCGUUCCCCGCUCUCCCAUCCCCACCGGAAUAAUUCGCCGAAUCAAAUCCACCCACCGAACACGCGGAGCCCCCACGAUCCAGCACGAUCCCGCCGCGCGCCGAGCUCCAAAUCCCAGGGAUGGCGACGGCGGCGGCCGCGAAGACUCCGACGAAGCCCCUGGGCCCCGCGUCGGCGGCCAGGACUCCGACCAAGCCCCUGGCCCCAGCGGCGGCGGGGGCGGCGGCAGGCAAGACGCCGACGAAGACACCGUGCUCGGCACGCGCGCGGCUCUCCCACGCGUCCGAGAACGCCCACCCCAACAUCCCCGGCACGCCUCCUCCCCCGCAGCCAACGCCGUCCAAGCCCGUCCUCAGGUCAUCGGCGGCCGCGGGCGCCAAGUCCGCCGCCUCCGCGAAGAAGAAGCCCUCCACGCCCGCGCCCGUGGCGCCCCCGCCGCCUCCGCGGGAGCGGGAGCGGGAGCGGCGAUUCCUCGUGGCGAAGGGCGCGAGGCGGAGGCGCAACGUCGGGAGCGUGGGAGGCGGCGGCGGGGGCGAGAUCGACUUCGACAAGUGCCGUGAGGCGGCGCGCCAGGCGCUGCGCGCGUCGCAGGAGGAGUUCUUCCGCAGGCAGCGCGCCGAGGCCGCCGCUGCCGUGGAGGAGCAAUUGGUAGCACAGGAGGUCGCCGCUGAAGAGGAUGAGAGAGGCAACGCAUUAGAAGAUGAGCAGGAGAGGAACGAGGCGGACCUGGAGGGGAGCAGCAAGGUGAGGGCGAUGCGGACGAAGGCGAUGGCGAAGGCGAUGAGCAGUGUUCCAGAUCCCGGCGCCGGACGUGUCAAGCAUUUGGUGCACGCGUUCGAGAGCCUGCUUACCAUCUCCGGCGCCACCUCCGACGCAGACAAGGCCGGUGAGGGUUCAUGGGCGCUGCCCGGGUUGCAGCCGUUGAAGGAUGAGGGUGAUGGUGACCUGGAGCCCCCACCGAUGUCCGUGUUCUCGUCGGCUGAUUUCCCCAACGCAGUGCCUAAUAGGCUCUGCUCGUCGCUUGAUGGCAACACCGACAGGCUAAGCUGGGACAGCAGAACAUCAGCUGGAGGGCGUAGGAGCAGGAGAAAGUCCUCGGAGUCGCUAAGGAGCAGCUGGAACAAAAAGCUCAAGGUCACAAGCCAGCAUCCCUUCAAGCUAAGGACUGAGCAAAGGGGAAGAUUUAAGGAACAACAGUUCGUCCAAAAGGUGCAGGAGAUGCUUUUGGAGGAAGAGAAGAAGCGUAUCCAUAUUGCGCAAGGAUUGCCAUGGACUACAGAUGAGCCCGAGUGUCUGGUAAAGCCAGCAGUUAAAGAAAGAACUGAGCUGAUAGACCUUGUUCUGCAUAGCGACGUUCGUGCACUUGAACGUGCUGAAUUUGAUCAGCAUGUGCUGGAGAGGAACAAGUUCGCUGAGCAACAAAGAUUGGAGUGGGAGAGGCAACAGGAGCUGGAGGAGCAAGAAAGGAUAAGGCAACUGAGAAGGACGGAGCUUAUUCCUAAAGCACAACCCAUGCCAUACUUUGACCGGCCUUUUAUCCCGAAAAGGUAA